AAAUGAUUGAGAAAACUCGACUAAAAUUAAGAGAAUUAGAAAUUAAAAAAACUGCUCUGGAAAAAGAAAAGGGCCAAGAAAUUGAAAAAGAAUUGGCCCAAGCCGAACGAGAAUUGGUUAUUUAUCAGCAAAAAGAAAUUGAUCUCACUAAGGCGGCCGAAUUAAGAUAUUCAACUAUUCCAACUAACCAAGCCAAAGUCAGAGAAUUAGAGUCCCGUGCUCGCAGUAAUGUAUUAAGAAAAUAUUUUAUCAAUCGUGAAGACAUUGCGUUAACCAUUGCUCAGAAGUAUGAUUUGCCAAUUGGCAAAAUCUUAGAUAGCGAGCAGCAAAAAUUGCUUUUCUUGUCGGCUAUUCUCCAACAAAGAGUAAAAGGCCAAAAUGCGGCUUUACGAACCGUUAGCGAAGCCAUUUUUCGGGCCCGAGCGGGGGUUCAGGACCCCAAUCGCCCCUUAGCAUCUUUUCUUUUCGUAGGUCCAACCGGAGUAGGCAAAACCGAAGUGGCUUUGACAAUUGCCGAACAACUUUUUGACCAAAAAAAAAAUCUCAUUCGUUUGGAUAUGACCGAAUUUUCCGAGCCACAUUCAAUUAGUAAAUUAAUCGGUUCUCCUCCGGGCUAUAUUGGUUUUGAAGAUAAACCCCGCCUAGAAAUUGUGCGAGAAAAAAUGCAUAGUGUCGUGCUCUUUGAUGAAAUAGAAAAGGCUCAUCCUGAA